GCAAGAUAGCCGUCAACAUGCGAAGAUUUCCAACAGUUAGCUCUUUUAUUUAAGGAUGAAAACAUGUGAUAUUAUAUUAUAUGUUUAAUCAUUUGAUUCGCUUAGUAUAUAGGUAGAUUAGAUACAUGUAAGUAUCUGAAACUACUCCUUGGUCGAGUUUCAGCUCCGAUUUGUACGUUUUUAUCAACCAUAAAGUACAUAGUUUAAUCCCAUACAUUCACAUUAUCCGAUUUUAAGAAAUUGUCUUAGUUUUAAUAAACAAAACCAGGAGCUCAGACAGACAUGUCGGCAUCAGGUGAGUCAGACUCGCUUGAAUAUAGUCCUGUUUUCCCGCCUCAGUCCACCGUUGUGAGGGAAAGGACUCUGACAGCUGAAGAGAUGGAGAAACUCAGCGAUGACCGAGUUUUAGUGUCCGACUUCAAACAGCAGAAACUCGAAACGGAUGCUCAGAAAAACUGGGACUUGUUUUAUAAACGAAACACGACCAACUUCUUUAAAGACCGACACUGGACCACCAGGGAGUUUGAUGAACUGAAAAACUGCAGAGAGUCUGAGGGACAGAAGUUGGUGUUGUUGGAGGCUGGAUGUGGGGUUGGAAACUGUAUUUUUCCCCUUCUGGAAGAGGAUCUCAACAUCUUCAUCUAUGCCUGUGAUUUCUCUCCACGAGCUGUUGAGUUUGUGAAGCAAAAUGCCUUGUAUUGCACCGAGAGAUGCCUUGCGUUUCAGUGUGACCUCACUAAAGAUGAUCUUCAGGCCACCAUACAGGUUGAAACAGUGGAUGUAGCAACAUUGAUAUUCGUUCUGUCUGCAAUUCAUCCAGACAAGAUGCAGAAAUCCCUGGAGCAAAUUUAUAAGGUAUUAAGACCUGGAGGUAUUGUCCUCUUCAGGGAUUAUGGACUGUAUGAUCAUGCCAUGUUGAGGUUUAAGUCGGGCAAUAAGCUGGGUGAGAAUUUCUAUGUAAGACAGGAUGGCACCCGUUCCUUUUUCUUCUCAAGAGAGUUCUUGGCUGGUUUAUUCCAAAAGGCAGGAUUUGAGACUCUUGUGAACGAAUACGUGCUGAGAGAAACGGUGAAUAAAAAAGAGGGUCUGUGUGUUCCCCGAGUGUUUCUACAGAGUAAAUUCAGCAAACCUAUUCCCUCAUGAUCGACUGCAUUAUCUACGUUUUUUUAUUAAUUUUGUACAUAACUAUUGUGCGUUAAUUUAUUAUUGAUUUUUAGGAGAAUGUUUUUACUGUCUCAUAAUAAAAUUAAAAAGCAGUUUU